AUUAUUCAAGACGGGCGUGGACCGGUGGACGUCGUGGCUGCUAUAGUUUCUGUGGCAACAAUCCGCUGUUGGCAGAAUCGGCGCAGUAGCAACUCGUUUCUAUUGCUCCCUCUACUACAUCACGAUGAUAGCCCUUUUAAUUUUCCUCGGCGUAUUUCUCAUACUUCUUGUCUACAUCUUUCCUAAAAAUCGCAAAACGUAUCGACUUCCGCCGGGACCAUCCGGCAUCCCGCUAUUUGGUUAUUUACCAUGGAUAAAUUCGGAACGUCCUUAUGUGUCGUUCACGCAACUGGCGAGGAAGUAUGGUCCGAUUUGUGGGCUACAAAUGGGUUCUGUGUACACAGUAUUGUUAUCGGAUCCGCAGCUGGUAAGGCAGACCCUCGCCAAGGAUGAGUUUGCCGGCCGGGCUCCAUUAUACUUGACACAUGGAAUUAUGCAGGGAUAUGGCCUUAUUUGCGCCGAGGGUAACCUUUGGAAAAACCAAAGAAGAUUUGUAGCCGGAUGCCUGAAGAAUUUCGGUAUGACGAAGUUACCCGGCACCAAGAGGGACAGACUGGAGGAAAGAAUCCUUGCGACCGUGAACGAGUGCACGUCGAAACUGAAAAGAUUUACUAUGGAAGAUGGUAUUGAUCCAUGCGAGACGCUUCAUCAUUACUUGGGUAAUAUGUUGAACGACCUGGUGUUUGGUAAAGUUUACAAAGAAGACGACGAGGUAUGGAAAUGGCUGAGACACUUGCAAGAGGAAGGAGUCAAGCACAUUGGAGUCGCAGGGCCCCUCAACUUUUUGCCGUUCUUCAGAUUUUUGCCACGAUAUGGCAAAGUAAUGGAGUCACUUGUCGCUGGCAAACUAAAAUCACAUAAACAUUAUCAAACAAUCAUCGACGAGCAUCGUGCUCGACCAGAGAAAACAGAUAACUUCCUUGCGGCUUUCGACGAUGCAAUGAAUACCGAUGGGAAUAGUGAACACUUCACACAACAGCAAUUUUAUCAUCUACUAGCCGACCUUUAUGGUGCAGGCGUUGAUACUACUCUCGCAACUUUUCGUUGGUUCCUCCUGUUCAUGGCAGCAUAUCCGGACGAACAAAAAAAAAUUCAGGAUGAAAUGGACGAGCUGUUGGGACAAAAGGUACCAACUCUGGAGGACAGGCUAAUCUUAAUUCGACUAGAGGCAGCCAUUGUGGAAACGCAAAGAUUGCGGAGCAUAGCACCGGUCGGUAUUCCUCAUGGGACAAUAGAGGAUACACAAAUAGGCGAUUACGACAUACCGAAAGGUACCAUGAUUGUUCCAUUGCAAUGGGCUAUUCAUACAGAUCCUUCGUACUGGCAGGACCCGCUCUCGUUUAAACCCGAGAGAUUUAUUGCUGAGGACGGAAGCCUCAUCAAGCCGAAAGCCUUUCUACCGUAUCAAGCAGGUAAACGUAUGUGCGUCGGUGAUGAACUGUCAAAGAUGAUAUUAUUUUUAUUCGGUGCAAGAAUUCUUCAUUCAGUCGUUAUCUCCGUACCAUCCGGCACGCGCCUUGAUCUGGAAGGCGAGUGCGGAAUUACUCUGGUUCCGAAACCGCACCGCUUUGUUUUUACACCACGAGAAUAAGUUUACAUAUAUUUUUAAUGAUAUUGUUUUUGUAUGUGUGACAUUAUU